CUAGACUAGCCAGCCAGGAUUGAUUUUGCGUUCCACUCGAAGCUCACAAAACCAAGGAGUUGGAGCGCAAAAGCAAUUUCAAAGAAUCAACUACAUGUACAACUAACUAACUAGCUAGCUAGCUGGAACAAAACACUACGAGCUCAUGGACUCCCCAAUGAACUGUCUGCUUGAACUGAACUAUCAAAUGGCAGCCAUGAUGGUGAAUGGAAAUACUCCUCAAGCCUACUCCACAGUGCUGAACAAGACUAUGCACGUCAUACAAGCUAUGGUAGGAUCUUUGCGCAACAGCGAAGCCCUUCACGGGGAUCACGAGUUGACUGUCACUCAGGAGCUUCUCAGUAAUCACCGAGAGCUGUGCUACUGCUUUGUGGCCAUUGGUGGAGGAGCACCUUCUGGUAUGGGCAAUAAUUGUACUAGUACAUGUACUGACACGGACACGGACAUGGAAUCUUGCGCAGGUUUAUUGACCUUGUUUGACCGGGUCGUCCAUGCUCCACGAAUUCCAAACAACGCGCCUAUGGGACGCGAAGCGUUUGAGAAAGUGUCGUUGGGACGUCAGAUCAAACUCUUGCUCCUGUCAAUGUAUAAUGUGGCUCUCCUGCUUCACAAGGAGGGUAUGAGGACCGGGGUUUCCAAACUCUUGCACAAAGCAGUUCAAUAUUACCGCAUGGCGCUAGAUAUGCUCCUAGUGGCCUCAGAAAAUAAUCCCUCUCAGUUGCGUGACGAUUCCAGAGAUAUCAUGCUCUUUUUGGGGCUUCUGAAUAACCUGGCCCAUGUGCAUGCCAUCCUAGCCAGCUAUGACCAAGUCGAAAGGUACCUUACCGAAAUGAGCCGUAUCAUCAAGGCCAUUAUGAAAGAACCACAAGUGCUUGAUGAUUGGGAUGAAAACGUCAUCGAGUUGUGGUAUCUGGCGGCUAUUCAGUCCAUCGAUUGCAAUUGGUUUACACUGGCGUCUGCUGCCUAAUAACGAACUUGAACUACUAGUACAUUUACAUCUAUA